AUGAGCGUGCGCAAGGCGCACAACGCCGGCCGGAACCAUCUGCGCAACGUCCUCGAGUAUUAUCAACAAAUCGGCCAAGAAAAGGCCCAGUCGGUCAUCGACUCGAUCACAUCCUCCUACGCCGCUGAAGGCCAGGCCGUCCCCAACCCGGCCAUGGUGCCACCCGGCGCCUUCCCGCCGCCGUUCCCCUUCCCGGGCCAGCUGCCUCCCCCGCCUCCGUUCGGCAUGCCUCCCCCAGGCAUCAACGGCGCCCCCGGCCUGCCGCCUCCACCCGGCGGUCGUGGUCUCCCCUUCCCGCCCCCGUUCCCUGCGGGGUCUGGUGCCCCCGCCGCCGGAGGUCUGCCCCCCCUCCCCAACAUGCCCGGCGCACAGCCCUUCCCGCCGCCGCCGGGCGGCUUCCCUCCCAACUUUCAGACCCCAGCGCCCGGCGCCCCUGGCUUCCCUCCUGUGCCGCCGCCAGGCCAGCCUGGCUUCAGCCCUAGCCCCGGCCCGGGCAUGGCUGCGCCUCCUGGCCAAGAUGCAUAUGCGCCGCCCGGCGCUGGGUCCGCGGGUCUGCCGGGGCCGCCGCCUGGACUGGGUGAUCACCGGUGA